AAUCCGCAAUCAUACAGGCCGUUCCUGUUGAUCCAAACAGGGACAGAUUCUAAGAUUCAGCCCCAGAGCGCAAGCAUUAAGACGAAGAGAAAAAAUGGGGAGAACAGCAGAGAUUUCGGUAGCUUCCAAUCCCAGCAAAGCAAUCGAUGAAAGCACCUUCGAAAGUUUCUGUAACGACGUAGGUCCUAAACAAUCGUUUGAUACAAAAUAAAUCCGAGGUGCAAAACGAUUUCGUGGGUAUUCAAUAAUGUCUAGGCUCACUGAUCUUUGUUAUUUUCUUCUCUCCACUAAUAAAUUCUCUGGUGGUGCAAAACGAAACGAAACGAAACGAAACAAUAGGAAUCGCAAAACACCGACACUCAGACCCAGAUGGAAUGCACACAACUGACUCAACCCGGUCUAACUCCCGACGAAUCUUCCAAUUUGAUGCAUACUCCAUCCUCUGGGAAAAACACACCCCUAAGUCCACCACAAAUACUGCCAUUCGGUCGCUUAGUACCUUCCAUGCCCUCGCCCAUUCUUACCGCGAUAAAUUUGAUGCCGACGCAGGAAUCGUAUUGGCUCGGAAGAAGUCAGAAAUGCGACGUCACGGCCCAGUACGAUCGUUCCGAAAGAGCUUCAUAUCUAUCGAAGAAAGGGAUGGCCGCUCUCGAUUGGGGGAAGAGCAUGAUUUCAAAUCGCCACUGCCGUAUUUUCCAUCAAAACAACGGGAGUCAAAUAUUUGUCGAAGACAAUUCUGGAAACGGAACAUUCAUCAACCAGCAAACAAAAUUGCAGAAGGGUGAAACCAGAAUUCUGCAUUCUGGUGACGUAAUCUGUUUGGUAAACCACGAAACUCUUCGCAAGAGGCUCUCCUCGGACAGGAUUAUCCAAUUUGUGCUGCAGCAAUUUUCGUUCAUCGUCGUCCGAGUUCAGUCGAAAACACGAAAAUCGUGUGUCAAUCCACGCGCGAUGAACUACAAUUUUGGUAGGAAUCAUCGGAACAGCAGCAUUGACGAAACUGGUGCAUCUCAACUUUCCCCGCUACCGCCCAGUAGAAAGAUUGAAACCUUUUAUGACCUGCGAGAAAUCCUCGGUGACGGAACGUCGGGUCAGGUUCGUCGAGCGAUUCACAGACAAUCCGGGAAAGAGAGAGCAGUAAAAAUCAUCAGUCUACGACGAAAUGUGAAUGCAUCAAUGAUGGAAAGGGAAGUCAAUCUCCUUCAGUUGAUAGACCAUCCAUAUAUUGUAAAGCUAGUGGAAGUUUUCGUGGAACGCGGAGUAGCCAUGUACCUGGUAAUGGAACUCGUGAAGGGAGGCGAUCUUUUUGACUGCAUCGUGGAAAAACAACGCUACACCGAGGUCGAGGCCAGGCGCGCAAUGAGAAGAUUAUUGAAUGCGGUAUAUUACCUUCACGAAGAGGCCAAUAUUGUACAUAGGGAUUUAAAGCCAGAAAAUAUACUUUGCUCGUCUCCUAUACACGUUAAGCUUGCAGAUUUCGGACUUGCGAAAAUUAUCAAGGCAGAUGGACUCAAGACGUUCUGCGGAACGCCGGCGUACUUCGCACCAGAAGUACUCCAAAGGCGUGGCACUGUGGCAGGGCGAGGGCGUUAUGGGAAACCUGCGGAUAUGUGGUCCCUUGGGGUAAUCUUGUAUAUCUUGCUGACUGGAAAACCACCCUUUGAUGCCGAUAUGGACGAACCAUCCAACUGCUAUGAAGUGGACUUUGAAUCUGAUGCCCUUAUUUGGUCAGAGAUUCCUUCCGCAAAAGAUCUUGUCGAGAAAAUGCUUCGGCAAGAUCCCAAACAGAGAUAUACUGUUCGCCAGGCAUGUGAACAUACCUGGAUCAACGUAGAUGAUGGGGACACUCAUUGCAAUCCGCUCAACGACCCGGCAGUUGUUUCCAAACAGAUAGGUGACAAACAGGAGUCGUCAAAACCUAGUGAAAAAGUAUGCGAGACCGUUGCCAAUGAAAUCAUAGGAGUUAAAAACGACAAAUCAUUGCAUGAAGAAUCCACGGCUUUGGUCGCAAGUCAUUUUCAGAGCAACAGUGAAGGCAAAAAUUCGUCGAAAGUGAAGCCUGAUUCUGUACAUAAUGUCCUGCGGAAGCCGGAAAGAAAAAUUGCAGAUCUAAAGAUAUCGAGUGAGAGUAAUAAUCAUGAACCUUGUGGUGAUGGGGAAAGGGAAGGCAAGGGCAGAAAUGACGACGUGACUGAAUUUACAAGUUCCGACGCUAAUGCAAUUGCUGACAAUGAGGAAUCAAGCGGGGUAUCAUUUUCUGAUGAUGUUUGCUUACCACCAAGAUCUCCACUUAGUAAGCUGAAUCUCAAUCAGAGAUCUAAUAAAUUUCGGGAUCAUGUUAUGAAGCAAACCAAGGAGCUUUUUGAGUCACCGAAUGGAAAUGGAGAGCGGCAAUCAGCUGUGACGCCAAACUUAAGCAGCAUCAAACGACAGCCACUACAAGAGGAUUUAAAAGCUGAAAAGGGUGACGGAAAUGUUGAGGAUCCCAUUCUUUCGCAAUUUAGCUCUGAAGUGUCAAGCGUCGAAUCAUUUAGCGAUAACGACUCUUCGACCAACGAUGUUUCAGCGACCAAUGAAACGCAAAGUGAGCAUAGUUCAAAGAAACGACCUCUUGAUGAUAAGGAAACGAAAAAUUCGACGAAGGCCUCCAAACGUGACAAAACUUGUGGCUCCAAACAAACAACAUUGAACGCAUGGCUUGUAAAAAAGACUUGAUAAGAACCACUGCCUGUUUUUAGCUUUUCUCCAGAGUCGCUAUCAGAGUUCCAUGUUUGGCGUGAUGAGUGCAUCUGAUAAGAAGAAGUUCAGAAAGUAAAUUGCGGGGUUUUAAUGAUUAUUAGUAAUGCGCCUUUUGAUCGCUUUCCUUUCUACCACAACCGUCGAACGAAACACGGAUCUGUCUUUUGUCUCUUGCGAAUCACCAUACGUCUAGUAAUGAUCAAGACAGUGGAAGUGGGGGGGAUGUCACUACCUUUGAAUGUUGUGCCCCGAAUCUUUGCGCUCGUGCCACCACUGUGGCAAGUAACUGUAUGGAGAUUUUAUCCUUGGACAAUCGUCAGAUUUUCGAAACUGAGAAAACCAGUUCUGAACGUUCCGGAUUGGCUCCGUUGUCUCUAAAUAUAAUGGAGGCAGCCCCAUGCUCACCAACAAUCCAUCAAGAGAUCCAUGGCCUUGACCAGAGCCAGUGUAAUGGUCACCGACAUAGCCAACCGUCUGGAAUAUUAAUUUCUUACUGGGUGUCCAUUUGAAGGAUUGUAGUUCCGGACMUGUUGUAAAUCUUACUUGCUCAUUCGGAUCCUUUGAAGGAGACAAAGUCAAACCUGACCCUGGGAGUCUCGCAGUCCCAGUAUGUGUUCCCGAGUAUCGAGCUACAGUCCAAAUUCUCCAUGGGUCGUGGGGGUCUUGAUGCCAUCCCUCAUACGAGACGGUCAAGUCUGGAAUAGCCGAACCUAAAUCAAGUCCGUUGUAUUGGUAAUAGUUCAUCAGAUUGAUGAAAUCAUCUUUGGACACUGGGCCUAUCUCCGGGCUUCUGAAUACAAACUCUUCUGCUAUCAUCGAUUCCACGCCCACUGAUACUCGCGUCAUUCCUCCCGCUAAAUCAACAGCGUCUGCAUAAUCUAGAGUCCAAUCCACUAGAAUGUCAAGUGUGGGUUCUAGCGUAUGGUAUGAUGGGUAGCCGUCAUAACCAACGAAAUCAUUUUCGCAAGAGAUAAAAUCAUCUGUCUCGACACUUUCUGAGUAAAGUUGAUCACUACUG